AUGCCUAUGUAUCAGCCUUCAAAGAGGGAUGGGCUGGUUGGGUUUGAGGGUGGGCAUAUCUUAGAUCUAGACACUGCAGUAAAAAAUGGAGUCUUGGGUGAAGUUGCAGUUGGGGGUUUCGGUGGAGGGGUAGGAGAAAAAUUGGAUCUGAAGAAAAUGAUAGAAGAGCUAAAUUUGCCUGAAGUUCCACCAGUGUUUAUCUGUCCCAUUUCUCUUGAACCAAUGCAAGACCCUGUGACUCUUUGCACUGGGCAAACCUAUGAGAAAUCCAACAUUCUCAAAUGGUUCAGUUUGGGGCACUACACUUGUCCCACUACAAUGCAAGAACUUUGGGAUGAUACAGUAACUCCAAACAGGACUCUUAAUCAUUUAAUCUAUACUUGGUUCUCUCAGAAGUAUUUGCAAAUGAAGAAAAGGUCUGAGGAUGCACAGGGAAGGGCAACGGAGCUUCUCAAUACUCUGAAGAAGGCAAAAGGUCAGGCUAGAAUUCAAGCCCUUAACGAACUUCAACAAGUUGUGAAGGAUCAUGCCACUGCUAGGAAGUCUGUGGUUGACGAAGGUGGAGUUGUUCUUCUUUCAUCUUUACUUGGUCCAUUUACUUCGUAUGCUGUAGGCUCUGAAGUUAUAGCAAUUCUUGUGAACUUGACUCUAGAUUCUGAGUCGAAAACGAAUUUGAUGCAGCCUGCAAAGGUAUCAUCAAUUGUCGAUAUUUUGAAUGAAGGAUCUAUUGAAACGAAAGUCAAUUGUGUUAGGUUAAUUGAAAAACUGAUGGAAGAGAAGGAUUUUGAAGUGGAAAUAUUCUCUAGCCAUAGCUUGUUGGUUGCUUUGAUACGACUGGUGCGAGAUAAGAGACAUCCUAAUGGACAUUUAUCCGGGCUUGGCCUUCUCAAAUCAAUUUGUUUACACGAUAAAGUUAGGAGUUUAAUUGUGAGCAUUGGUGCUAUUCCUCAAUUGAUGGAACUGUUAUCUGGCUUGAGUCCAGAUAGCUUGGAAUUAGCUCUUUUCAUUUUAGAUGUCCUGUCGUCUGUCCCUGAAGGUAGACAAGCUUUGAAGGAUUGUUCAUACACUGUACCGAUUAUGGUCAAACUACUUAUGAGAGUUUCGGAAAGCUGUACAGAAUAUGCACUUUCGAUCUUGUGGUCUGUGUGCAAACUAUCCCCAGAUGAAUGCUCAUCAAUAGCUGUGGAUGCUGGUCUUGCAGCAAAGCUUCUUCUUGUCAUCCAGAGUGGUUGCAGUCCAGUAUUGAAGCAACAUAGCUUGGAAUUAGCUCUUUUCAUUUUGGAUGUCCCGUCGUCUGUCCCUGAUGGUAGACAAGCUUUGAAGGAUUCAAAGCAUCUUCUUGUCAUCCAGAGUGGUUGCAGUGCAUUAUUGAAGCAACGUGCUGCUGAGCUUUUGAAGCUCUGCAGUCUGAAUUAUUCAGACACUAUCUUCAUUUCUAAGUGUAAACUGACCAGAACAAUCCAACGAAGACAGAGCCUCGGUUGUUCCUUUACCCACAUCAGCUCCUUUGUUAAUGGGUCAAAAGGAGGCAAAAGGCUUCCAGAGUUGAAGGGUUCAAACUACAAUCUCAGGUUAUUCGACAAGGAAUAUGCAAAAUGUGCAGCUUUCUGUUAG